AUGACAAGAAACACGAACUUGUGUAUAACCUUCACCGAAAUCCAACUGUCGGAUGUCUUCGGAACUCCAGUCGCCGUGUUCUCACGAUACCAGCAGUUCCACCUUCAUCCGGAAUUCUACACCAAAGUCAAGUACAACUCCGCCGCAGAGGUUGUGGCAGAGAUCGGGCACGUUGGCAAGACUUCCUACGUCAUCCAGGGGAGUGUUUGUCUUAAGACUUCCAAGGAAAGCUUGUGUAGCUUUAACACUCACUUGGUGCACGUAGACAUGUCGACUCGCCAACCGACCGCCCUUCCAGAAAAUCUUAGGAGGAAAGGAAAAGGCCCCAGGCCAGCUUUUAGCCUGCCGGUCCCGCCAGAUACUCCGCCCAUGUACUCCUGCAAGUUUAGGGUCGGAGAGAGCGAUAUUGACGGCAACGGACACACGAACCAGUCCGUAUACGUACGACUGUGUUCCGAUACGGCUGCGUUCGGUACGAAGGCCGGUAGGUACACAUCGCUGUCGGGAGACGCGCUGAAGUAUCCUGUCAAGAAAAUCGCCAUCUUGUUUCAGAGAGAAGCUUCCAUGGGAGACGUGUUGGAAGUACAGUCGUGGGAAAUCCCGUCCAAGCCUGUCUCCUUGUUGUUUCAGGUCAAAAGAGGGGAAGACGACAUCGUGCGAUGUUUGUUUGAAUUGUAUGAACACUUCGAGAGGGCAAAACUUUAAGAAGACAUCUAUGGUGUCAAAGAGUAUACUAUAGGUUUCACUACACAUUGACGCAAGUUGUAAAGCUGCUUAGUACUGAUGUGAAUGUUGUCCUUUCCCUUUGAGGUUGACAUCUCACUGUCUCACAGAUUGUGUACAGUUAAUCUAGUAUUAAUCAUGGAUGUAAGGGAAAGAGGGCAAAACUACAAGGAAACAUCCAUUAUGCCC